CACACGCACGUACGCAGAGACAAAUUCAAGAAAUAGCUCAGCUUAAUCUGAUCGGUAGAUCGACCGGUCAUGGCGGCGCCGUGGAGCGAGAGCGAGAACGAGAGGUUUGAGCGCGCGCUGGACACGUACGACCGCGACACGCCCGGCCGCUGGGACCGCGUCGCCGCCGCCGUCGGGGGCGGCAAGACGGCCGACGACGUCAGGCGCCACUACGACCGGCUCGUCGACGACCUCCGCCGCAUCGAGGCCGGCGCCAACUCCAAUGGCGGAACUCAUGACGCCGGCAGCAGCAGUAACGGCGCGGGGAAUAACGGAAGCAGAGGAGGGUCAGGGGGCAGCCGGCGGCCCCAGACAUAAAUGAUGGAUGGAUCGGAUCAUGCAAGGUGGUGGGCUGGUCGGCACAGACGACGCUGACAUGAGUCUAUCCUAAUCCUAUCUAGUACAUCUGAUCUGCAUUACAUACAAACGUACGUGGGUGCGUGCAUGUACUAUCUGUCACGUGUACGUACGUACGUACGUACCUACAUGCAUGCAUGUCUACGUGCAAGAGUGCAACACACUGUGCUGGCCUUUUUAUCUGUUUGCGAACUAAUUAACAGUGUGCUAGCUGGUUAUUAGUAACUACGUAUAUGUGUGUGUGCGUGCUGCCAUGUACGUACGUCUACGUUUUGUACGUCUGCUUGUAGAUUGUAAAUUAAAUAAUCCAUGCAUGUGCUUCGUUGAAGAAGAAAAA